AUGUUGCGCCUCGGAUGGCUGGUACUCAUCUUGAGUGCCCGAUGCGCUUGGGGUGACUUCCUGCCCAUAGACGAGCGAUGUGUGACGGCCAUUUACUCGGCAUACAAUUACAUCUCCUUUGCGGGGGAACCGGCCACCGGGAUGUGGGAUACCCGAUGCCAGAACCCCCUCAAAGUCACAUCCAUUUAUGCAGCCUCCGAGAUAUACUGUCGUGAUACAGAGCGAGCUGCGGGUCUGGCGCAGAUGGCUAGUGAAUGUGAAGAGUUCGGUCAUUGCGAGCUACUUCCAAGGGAGGCUGUCGCAGAGAAUCUGACCGAGGAUGCUAUUCGCGGUAUGCGGACAGUGAGUUAUCUAGAGAUGUCUCGAGAUGAAGUUGCCAAUGCGCCAAUCAUGAUUUCUGCAUCUUACUUCAACCGGGUAUACAAUACCAUCGAUUCGCUGCAGUUCGAGACUUGGUCCCAUCAUGCGUUUGGCUAUAUCGGGUAUGCCUAUUGGGGAGUACUGAUAUUAUUGGGAAUGAGCUACCGAUUGUGCCGUUGGGCCAUCUAUCAUCGAAAGCCUCGCAUGCAACAUGGAGUGGAAUCACAAACAUAUCCACUGAUUUCCGCAUGUCGCACUAUACCCUGGGUCGCCCAUAGCGUACAUUGGGUGCAAACACAUCUGAUCGUGGCAGCUCCACUUGCCUCCCGAGGCCGAGAGCUACUUCUAUGUACUUUCUCAAACCGGGCGGAGGCCCUUGCCGUCGGAGGAUUCUGGUUUCUCAGCAUCAUCCUGAGCAUGGUUGGAUAUCGAACCUUUGACGGGAAUAUCUACUGGCCCGAUGUCACAAGUCAAAUUCUCCGAUAUUCGGCAGACCGAACAGGCAUAAUGGCGUUUGCCAAUUUGCCCUUGUUAUGGCUAUUUGGUGGACGUAACAACAUCUUAAUAUGGGCCACUGGUUGGAGCUUUGCAACCUAUAACAUCUUCCACCGUCACGUAGCCCGCGUGGCCACUGUGCAGGCACUGGCGCAUGCCGCUCUAUAUCUAGUGAUUUAUAUCAGAGCCAACAAAUUGUGGAAAAUCUUUUACAAAGUUUAUAUUCUUUGGGGGAUUCUGGCUGUCCUCGUGAUGUUUUUCUUACUCUUAUCAUCCUUGGACCGACUUCGAUUUUCAAACUAUGAAAUCUUCUUGAUAAUACACAUCGUGCUUUCAGUGGUUACCCUCGUCGGGUGUUUCUACCACACUGCCAUAUUUGAGGGGCAUGAAUACUGGCAGUAUCUAUGGCCUUCAGUCGGCAUAUGGGCCUUUGACCGACUUUUGCGCAUAGUCCGGUUGUGUUACUGCAAUAUCCAUGUUGGAUUUACUGGACGCAACAUAAUCCGCACCUCCUUGAGUCAAAUGACAUAUGACGAGGAGACCGACGUGGUGAGAUUAGAAGUCUCAAUUGCUACUUCUCUCAUUCGUUCCACCCCGGGUGACUACUUCUUCUUGUACCAGCCAUUUCGUUGGACAGGAUGGGAAAGCCACCCAUUCACUGUUGGUGCCUGGUCAUCCCAGUUCGGACCGAUGUCAUCACCAUCAGCAAUGUUCGGAAAGUCAAGCGAGGCAUUGCAUGUCUCUCAGAUUCCUCUUCUGCCCAGUGGAUCUCAGGAUCGGGAAGAGCAGAUCCCAACAGAGGAAUCAAUCACAGAUGUCAACACACCCUGUUUAAAGGCGAUUUUUUGGAUUCGUCCAUAUGAUGGCUGGACACGAAAUCUGCGCGAACAAUGUCUUUGCUCAAAAGUCCAGCCCGUCAACACCACCAUCCUGUUGGAAGGACCAUACGGGCACCACUUCCCGCUGUGGAAGUACGAGUCUGUCUUAAUGAUUGUGGGAGGAACUGGGAUUGCAUCGGCAGUACCAUACCUUCAAGACCACCUCCGGCGAUCAGGACAAGACUGGCAAGAAGGAUCCGAAGAGAAGACCCACAUCCGGGAUAUCGAGCUGAUCUGGACCACGAAGCAAAUUCCCUUCAUCAAACACGUAACCAACAAGGAAUUGAAACCCCUCUUGGCUCGCGAAGACUUCCAAGCCUCCUUUUAUAGUACUGGAUCCUCCACCAUACCGCCGGAGGAUAUGAGUGCGAUUGGCUAUGAAAUCACACCUGGUCGCCCUCAUUUGCAAUCACUUAUUAUGAGCCGAGCGUGCGACGCCUCUUCUGCUGGAAUAUCGCUGGCAGUCUUAGCCUGCGGUCCUGCUGGCAUGGCCGACGAAGCACGAGCAGCUGCUCAUCUCGCUAUGCGACAAGGGUACCGCAUUAAGUAUUUGGAAGAGUCAUUUACAUGGUAG